AUGACCACAUAUGAAGAUGAAAAUUUAAACCAUAUUAUCUUACCAAAACUUUCUCCUGAUGAGAGUGAAAUAGUCCUCGUUACCCAAGAUGAGACCACUUUUUAUUCAAAUGAUGGCGUGAACAAAUAUUGGGGCCCAGUGGAUGAAUCUAGCCUACGGAAAAAAUCACUAGCUUGGUUAUCGCGAAAUAUCGAGCAAGGAAAGCAUAAUUUACACUCAGUAACAAUAUUAAAAGGUCCUUUAGCACCACUUGAUUCACGUUAUAAUUUAAUAAGCGUUUUAAUGGCAACCACAACCGAUUUCGCAGAUGUUGAUGGCUGGAUUCAACAUCUUAUGCAAUGUAAGCAGCUGUUAGAAGCUGAUGUAAAGAGAUUGUGUGACAAGGCUCGUGAAAUUCUUACAGAAGAGUCCAAUGUGCAGCCCGUUAGAUGCCCGGUGACAGUUUGUGGGGAUAUUCACGGUCAAUUUCAUGAUCUAAUGGAACUUUUUCGUAUUGGCGGAAAUUCGCCUGACACAAACUAUCUAUUCAUGGGAGAUUACGUUGACCGUGGAUAUUAUUCCGUUGAAACUGUCACUCUUCUUGUCGCUCUCAAAGUCAGAUAUAAAGAUCGAGUCACAAUUCUUCGAGGCAACCACGAAUCUAGACAAAUCACUCAAGUAUACGGGUUUUAUGAUGAAUGCCUAAGAAAAUAUGGUAAUGCGAAUGUCUGGAAGUUUUUCACCGACUUGUUCGACUAUUUACCUUUGACAGCAUUAAUUGAUGAUCAGACCCCCAUGUCUUGUAAACUACUAUUAGACCAUAUUCGAUCUUUGGAUAGGAUUCAAGAAGUUCCCCAUGAAGGCCCUAUGUGCGAUUUGUUAUGGUCUGACCCUGAUGAUCGAUGCGGGUGGGGAAUUUCACCUAGAGGUGCUGGAUAUACCUUUGGGCAAGAUAUAUCAGAGGCAUUUAAUCAUAAUAAUGGAUUAACGUUGAUUGCUAGAGCUCAUCAAUUGGUUAUGGAGGGAUAUAAUUGGUCGCAGGAUAGAAAUGUUGUUACAAUUUUCAGUGCUCCAAAUUAUUGCUAUCGUUGUGGUAAUCAAGCCGCAAUUAUGGAAAUUGAUGAGCACUUAAAAUAUACAUUUCUCGUAACCGUACUCACUCUCAUCAGUAAAAACUUUAAUAUGGAAGGCGAUUACCCAACAAUGACCUCGUACCAUAUGAGAGAUGAGCUCGAAUACCCUUCAAAUGUGAUACAGGAGAUGCCGGCGCCAGCCGACGAAGAAGAUUUAGAGGACGAUCCGACACGAUAUGAAGAAAAUUAUGAUCAAGGUAUUUUAUAUGAUCACUCAUUACUAGAUUUAGAAGACGAUCUACAAGAUUCCGAAGCACAACCCGAUAUAACACAGGAAGAUUGUUGGACAGUUAUAUCGUCGUUCUUUCACGAAAAAGGACUUGUUCGCCAACAACUCGAUUCGUUUGACGAAUUCGUGCAAAAUACCAUGCAAGAAAUUGUUGACGAAAACAAAAAUCUAGUGUUACAAACCUUUUCAGGAAACCAAACGGGCGAUGGUGAUAAAGCAAGGAGAUUUUAUAUUCGAUUCGGUCAAGUUUACCUUUCGAAACCUACAAUGACCGAAGCGGAUGGUAGUGUCCAAGCGAUGUUUCCGCAAGAAGCACGCCUAAGAAAUCUGACUUAUGCUGCCCCGCUUUAUGUCAACAUGAAAGAAGAAGUAUUAUACGCUGAUCCCAGGGCUCCAGAAAACAGAGGGAAACCAACAUUGGCUGAAAUGUUUGAUGAAAAUAAACUAAAAGAUGAUCCAGAAGAAACGUCUUAUGAUAAAGUUUUUGUUGGACGGAUUCCAGUCAUGUUGAAAUCAACAUAUUGUGUACUUCAUGGUUUAGACGAUAAAAGUCUUUAUGCUCUGAACGAAUGUCCGUAUGAUCAGGGUGGUUACUUUAUUAUCAAUGGAUCCGAAAAAGUAUUAAUAGCUCAAGAAAGAAUGGCAACAAAUACUGUAUAUGUGUUUGCAAAAUCACCUCCCUCACCUUAUUCGUACACUGCUGAAAUAAGAAGUGCUAUGGAAAAGGGAUCAAAAUUGGCUAGUUCAUUGACCGUCAAGAUGUUAGCAAAGACGGCUGAGAAAGGAUCGACCGGACAAUUCAUCCAAGCAACUAUGCCUUAUAUCAAGAAAGAUGUACCAGUGGUAAUCGCUUUCCGGGCCCUUGGUGCUGUUUCUGAUCAAGAUUUUCUACAAUACGUUUGUUAUGAUCCUAACGAUAACCAAAUGAUGGAAGCAUUGAAACCAUGUAUUGAGGAAGCAUUUGCGGUUCAGAGUACUGAUGUUGCUGCUGAUUGGAUUGGACGUAGAGGAACAACCACCGGGGCUACGAGAGAUAAGCGUAUCAAAUAUGCUAAAGAAAUUCUGCAAAAAGAAUUGUUACCUCAUGUUUCAACUGAAUAUGGGUGCGAAAAACGAAAAGCAUUCUUUUUAGGAUAUAUGGUUCACAGACUUUUAUUAGCUGCUCUCGGGCGUCGAGAGUUGGAUGAUCGUGAUCACUACGGGAAGAAAAGAAUGGAUCUUGCGGGUCCUUUAUUGGCAUCAUUGUUUCGUAUGUUAUUCAAAAAACUUACAAAAGAUGUUUCGAUAUAUUUAAGAAAGUGCAUCGACUCAAAUAAAGAGUUUAAUCUUCAUUUGGCAAUCAAAUCACAAACGAUCACUAAUGGCCUUAAAUAUUCUCUUGCAACUGGUAAUUGGGGUGAUCAAAAGAAGGCUAUGCAGUCCCGAGCGGGUGUUUCUCAGGUAUUAAAUCGGUACACUUUCGCAUCAACACUAUCCCAUUUGAGAAGAUGUAAUACUCCAAUGGGAAGAGAUGGAAAGAUUGCCAAACCUCGUCAGUUGCACAAUACACAUUGGGGUAUGGUGUGCCCUGCCGAAACUCCAGAAGGUCAGGCUUGCGGUUUAGUUAAGAACCUUUCUCUGAUGUCAUGUAUUUCGGUUGGAAGUUCUUCAAAACCUAUAGUAGACUUUUUGGAGGAAUAUGGCAUGAUAAAUUUGAACCAACAAUUUGAUCCGGCAAAUAUUAGAGACAAUACAAAGGUCUUUAUAAAUGGUAAAUGGGCGGGUAUUUCUACUGCGCCUGAACAAUUAGUUAAUACGCUUAGGGGCUUGAGACGAAGUGUUGACGUUAGCCCAGAAGUUAGUGUUGUUAGGGACAUUCGUGAAAAAGAAUUAAGAAUUUAUACUGAUGCUGGAAGAGUAUGUCGACCUUUGUUCAUUGUAGAAGAUCAAUGCUUAGUAAUAAAGAAAGAACUUAUACAUAAUUUGGAUGUUAAUAAGCUUGUAAAACAAGGCACAAAAAGACGACGAAAUAGACAGGUUUAUGGAUGGCAAGAUUUAAUUUCAAAUGGUGCUAUUGAAUAUAUAGAUGCAGAGGAAGAAGAAACAGUUAUUAUCUGUAUGACUCCCGAAGAUUUAGCAGCGUCAAGACACUUUUAUCAAACUGGUAUUCCACCAUCAUCCAAAGCACAUGAAAAAGACGUAGCGGCUCGUGUUAAAAGUGAAACAAAUUUAUCAAUACAUACUUGGACACAUUGUGAAAUUCAUCCUAGUAUGAUACUAGGAAUUUGUGCUAGUAUUAUUCCUUUCCCUGAUCAUAAUCAGUCGCCUCGUAAUACUUAUCAGUCUGCUAUGGGUAAACAAGCAAUGGGUAUUUACGUAACAAAUUACCAAUUACGAAUGGACACUUUGGCAAAUAUUUUAUAUUAUCCACAAAAACCUUUAGUAACAACACGAGCUAUGGAAUUUUUAAGAUUCCGUGAGCUACCAGCAGGACAAAAUGCUAUUGUAGCAAUUCUAUGUUACAGUGGUUAUAAUCAAGAAGAUUCAGUUAUUAUGAAUCAAAGUAGUAUUGAUAGAGGAUUAUUUAGAAGUAUCUUUUAUAGAAGUUAUAUGGAUCAAGAAAAAAAAGUAGGUAUGCUAUCUAUUGAAGAAUUUGAUAAACCGACAAGGGAAACCACCCUACGUCUCAAACAUGGUACAUAUGAAAAACUGGAGGACGAUGGUUUAAUUGCACCCGGUACAAGGGUAUCCGGUGAUGAUAUAAUUAUUGGGAAAGUUACGCCCAUUCCAGAACAUACAAUUGAACUUGGUCAACGGUUAACUUCACACACACAUAGAGAUGCUUCCACACCAAUGAGAAGUACAGAAAAUGGUAUCGUCGAUCAAGUGAUGGUGACAACAAAUGCUGAAGGAAUGAAAUUCGUUAAAGUAAGAGUUCGAAGUACAAGAAUUCCUCAGAUGGGUGAUAAAUUCGCUAGCCGACAUGGGCAGAAAGGCACUAUUGGAAUUACUUAUCGGCAAGAAGAUAUGCCCUUUACUUCUGAAGGGAUUACGCCAGAUCUUAUUAUAAAUCCUCAUGCCAUACCAAGUCGUAUGACAAUUGGUCAUUUGGUUGAAUGUCUGUUAGGAAAGGUUUCGACACUCACUGGACAAGAAGGUGAUGCUACGCCGUUCACUGAUGUAACUGUUGAAGCUAUUUCACAAAGCUUGCGACAACAAGGUUAUCAUUCUCGAGGGUUCGAAGUAAUGUAUAAUGGUCAUACAGGACGAAAAUUAGCUGCACAAGUGUUUUUAGGACCGACAUAUUAUCAACGGCUGAAACAUAUGGUAGAUGAUAAGAUCCAUUCUCGCGCUAGAGGUCCUGUGCAAAUUCUCACACGUCAACCAGUUGAGGGUCGUAGUCGUGAUGGUGGGUUGCGUUUCGGUGAAAUGGAACGUGAUUGUAUGAUUUCUCAUGGCGUAGCCAUGUUUUUGAAGGAACGAUUAUUCGAUGCUUCUGAUGCAUAUCGCAUUCAUGUUUGCGAUAUAUGUGGACUGAUGGCCAUAGCAAAUCUCAAGAAGAAUACUUUCGAGUGUAAAGCUUGUAAAAAUACUACACAG